CCUCCUCCGCAACCAACCGGCGCCGCCCAUAUACAUACCCCAUGGCCAAAGAAUUAGUUUCGGCGUUCCAUGCUACAAAUAACGAAAAAUUGGUUGAGUUCGUCCACAGCUACUACGUCAACAACCUCAACUCUCCCGAGUUCUGCUCAGCACUCCAACUCCGUCUCAACCCAACAAACAACGACCAAUCUGUCGGGCGAUGGCGCCGAUCAGUUCUCGUGAAGCGUGAGACUGCACUCCAGAAACGCAAGGAGAUAAUAGAUCAAAUGAUUUUGGUUGUCCAGCGCAUCAUGAUAGAUCUCGAUAGCAUUAUAAAUGCAGCUCGUGGCUUGGAGGUCGAGAUCAAAUCUUUGUCGGAAGCGGUUGAUGAUGGGGAGAAAGUGGCGGCGAUGGAAAAUUGCUUUGAAGAAUUACUACAGAAUGAUGAGAAAUACAAUAGUGCUAUCAACCGUGCUAGAGAAUCGGUGCUUCAGAGCAUAGUUGUAGUUGGGAACAAGGGGACAGAGCAUUACUUUCUUUAAACCUUUUAUCAUCUCUUUUAGAUAUAUAGUACUCCUAGUACUAGUUUUAUUGUUGUAUAUAUUAGGUAGUUUGUUUUAUUUUUUUAAUUUUUAGAUAUUAGUAGUAUUUUUUGUAUUUUUUCUAUUUAUUAAGUGUAUUAGUUAAUUGUACUCCUAUAUUUGAUCGUAUUUUAUUUUUUUUAUCACA